AAAUGGUUAAGACGACAAGAAUAAGUUGAAAGCAACAUUUUAAUUUCUUGUUGUUUUUUAAUUGUGUUUGUUAAUUAGUUUUUGGUUUAAUUUAAUCAUUUAAUUUAAUUACAAUGGCUGAUGCUCAGACCGCCGCUAAGGCUAAAAAGCCAACUGUCGCCGCUACCAAGGCACCCGCUUCAGGUAUUGCUAAAUUACCAACUAUUCCUGAAUCUUUGUUAAAGAAGAGGAAACGAGCAGCAAAGCUUAAAGCAAAGUCUAUUUCAAAUGCUUUGAAAAGAAGAACUAUUUUAAAGCAGAAAAAGGCUGAUAUCUUUAAGCGAGCAGAGAAAUAUGUCAAGGAAUACAGAUUAGCCGAACGUGAUACUAUCCGUCUGAAGAAACAAGCAAAGAGUAAUGGAAACUACUACGUUGAACCAGAACCUAAAUUAGCUUUGGUUAUGCGAAUUAGAGGAGUUAACGGACUUAGCCCUAAGCCCCGAAAGGUUCUUCAACUACUUCGUUUAAGACAAAUCAACAAUGCUGUUUUUGUUAAAUUAAACAAGGCAUCUCUCAACAUGCUCCGAAUUGCUGAGCCUUUCAUUACUUGGGGUUAUCCAAAUUUGAAAACAGUUCGUGACCUCAUCUACAAACGUGGUUUCGCCAGAUUGGACCGUAAACGAACUGCUCUUACUGACAAUAGGAUAAUUGAACGUCGUUUGGGUAAACGAGGAAUCAUCUGUAUGGAAGAUUUAAUCCAUGAAAUCUAUACAGUUGGAAAUAACUUCAAGAAAGCCAAUAACUUCCUCUGGCACUUUAAAUUGAACAAUCCUUCAGGUGGAUGGCGUAAAAAGGUUACACACUAUGUCGAGGGUGGUGACUUUGGUAAUAGAGAAGAUAAAAUUAAUGAACUUGUCAGACGAAUGAUUUAAUUUGAUUUGAAAAGUAAUUCGAUAAUAAAUGCUGUUUUGUCAAUAAA